GUUGCAGGAAAGUCAAACAUACAUCUGGAAAGCGGCUAUUUAAGACGAGCCUCGUGAAAACAUAUCAGUAGUGCUGCUCUGGAGCGUAUUAGAUGUACAACACAUAAUUAUUAAAGGAGCUAGUUAAAUACAGAUUUUAGCAUUAUAGGAUUAGCCUGAAAUGAAAUCGGAUCCAACUUAAAAAGUUAGUCAACAGGACAGCAAGGCAAAUUCCAACAGGCGAUUUGUAUUGCAAGACAUUACGGACAAGCUAGCUACCUAGCCUACUUGGUGUGAAAGAUUUACAAAUGUGAAAGUGUUGUCCCAGCCAGUGAUGAAGAUUGAGUUUGCUCCGCUAAAUAUCCCGCUGCGAAGGCGCCUGCAAACAACGUCGGUAGUGCAAUGGGUAUUCUCUUUUCUCGCUCUAGCUCAGUGCUGCUUGGCCGGGUUCAUACUGCUCUGUCUAAGCCAGUGGUGGCUUCUGGCCAUGUUGUACGCAGGCUGGCUCUACCUGGACAAGGACACACCUACCACUGGAGGCCGGCGUUCACAGUGGGUCCGCAGCUGGACGGUUUGGCAAUACUUCCGGGACUAUUUCCCCAUUUCUCUGAUAAAGACGGUAGACCUUGAUCCCAAGCACAACUACCUGUUUGGGUUCCACCCCCAUGGUGUUCUGGUUGCAGGAGCAUUUGGCAACUUUUGCACAGAGGCAUCUGGGUUUGCAACCUUGUUCCCAGGCCUUACCCCCUACCUGCUGAUGCUGCCAUUCUGGUUCCGUGUACCAUUCUUUCGGGACUACAUAAUGUGUGGAGGCCUGGUGUCCAGUGAGAAAAGCAGUGCCAGCUACAUCGUGAGCCGUCCAGGUGGGGGCCAUGUGGCUGUAGUGGCUGUAGGGGGCGCUCCUGAGUCCCUGGAUGCCCGCCCAGGAGCUCUGACUCUUCAGGUGCUCAGUCGGAAAGGUUUCAUCAAAUUGGCCCUUAAACACGGGGCCCAGUUGGUGCCAGUCUUCUCGUUUGGGGAGAAUGAGCUUUUUGACCAGAUGGAGAACCCAGCAGGCUCACCCCUGCGUCGCAUCCAAGACAGCCUGCAAAAGAUUAUGGGCGUGGCCAUGCCUCUCUUUCAUGCCCGGGGUGUGUUCCAAUACAGCUUUGGCCUUCUGCCCUACAGAAAACCCAUCCAUACAGUUGUGGGCCGGCCCAUCUCAGUGGUCCAGACCCCAUCCCCUAGUCGAGAAGACAUAGAUGCGCUGCACAAGCUCUACAUGGAAGAACUCCGCCAGCUUUUUGAAGAGCACAAAGCAAACUAUGGCAUCCCAGAAGACAAGCACCUUACAUUCAUCUAGUGCUGUGCCCUCAUGGCCUGUCCUGUCACUCACAUACUCAUCUCCCCUUCUGUCUUCCCUUGAAAAGUAUUGCCUGCUGGUCCCUCUCAGCAGAAGGCAUUCCUGGCUCUACUGCGUUACUUGUAUGCUGUAUAUAGCAAUCACAACUUCUCUGUGUAUAAAUCACUGUGUAAGAGGAAAGGCUAUAAUAUUCUAAGGGUAUCACAGUGCAUUAUCAUGGCAUACUAUUAUGGAUGCUACAUGUAUUACAAUAUCAUGGGUUGAAAUAAAGAAUGGUAGCUAAGGCCAAACCA